AUGGGAGAAUACCAUGCCGAUUUUGAUGCGUUUCUGGGUCCAGAACAUGCCGUCAUGUUCACUCUACCAUUUAAUCAGAAUAAGAGGCGGGGGCUGACGUUGGAUCACCAAAUCACGAUAUAUUAUCAAGAUUGGGACGAACCGCCGGGCAAAACCAACCAAUCCAUUCAACAUGCUGUAGAGGCCUGCCACGGUAUGCGAAUACCUUACAAUCUCUGUGGAGACUAUGUUGUAAUGAGUGGUAGGUAUGGGGAUCCGCCAUCUGAAUAUCUCGAUAUAGACUGCGCCGACUUUCGACAUAUCCUCGACUACUUCAGCACAUAUUUCGAUGACACAAUCCGCGAGACACUUAGUGGUGGCUCAGUGAGAGCUGUUCGAAUCAACUGUCCCCUUGAGCAGAAGCUCAACAGUUGUGAGGAGUUUCAAUCGGUGGUUGUCGAUCGUGAUUUCCCAACCAGUAAUAUGGUUUCAGGCCUAUCAAUGGCACUCGAGGAUCCGAUAUGGAUAUGCCAGAUCAAUCAAGAUGAGCUCAAGCAUGGAAUCGCGCUACUGGAUGAACCACCAGAGAAUCCUUGGCAAAAUCUCCAUGCUGAAAUUCUAUCAACUGACAUAGAUCCAGAAUCUGAGGGCUGGGGUAUGUCUAGUCAGCCACCCUGGCGCUUCGAUGGGAGUGUUAUAGUCAUGCGAAGACAUGGGGAGGAUCUGGAUGUCGAAUGGGUGCAGCACAUAUGUACUUACUAUCUAGAGGUUCUUCAACCGCUCAUUGCAAGGUCACUAUCUGGAGAAUUAUCGCGUGGAGAUGUCCUGGCGGAGGUUACACGCGAAAGGAUAAUGGCAUGGAAAUCGGUAGCGACUCCAGGAGAAUUCAUGAAUCCCAGGCCAGAACGUGGAUUUGUCGAGAGGAUAUGA